AUGUAAGGAACUAAUAAUUAUUAACAAAAUGAGACAAGUCUGCUUCAAUUUUUGUAAUAUAUUCUUAUUACUGAUGGUGUUAGGAAAGUUUGGUGAUGCAAUAGAAAAAAGAAACAACGAUUGGUGCAAGUUCUUCUAUUCAAAAUAUUUGUUGCUUAUGCAUACUGACCAAAAAGAUGACAGAUUGGGAGACUUGCUAAAAGUUCUUAAUUCGCGUGAUUGUCCGCAGUUUCAGCAAGAGUGUAUCAAACAAACUUUUAAUUUCAGUAAAUAUACAAGCAUGUUGUAUCUACGUUUUUGUAAUAAAACAGCUUUUAUUGAUACCUGUGGAUAUCAAUGGAUGACUAAUAAAACUGGACAUUCAAUUAUGCAAAGAAUGGUUGAUAGAAAUCUAACUACUGGAGAUGCUUUCAACCGUAUUCCAUACGUAUAUGUCAAAGAACAAAAGUAUUCCAAAGAUGAACUUCUCGAUCCUUGUUUUCAAGCAUCAUUGCCUUUUGCCGACAAUUCAGCAGUACAAAAAUACGUUGAAUUGAAAGAAAUACAUAUGCCUUUCUGUGGAAUUGUUUGGUGUGCGAUUCCAUCUUACGCAUUGACAACUUAUACGGUAUCAAUUUCGUGGUGUAUGCCCAGUCGAUGCAUCGUGAACCUGUACACCAUGAUGGUCGUUGCAGGCUCACUCGGUUGUGCAAUAAUACUGGCCAACACUACUGUGCUGAUCGUAUUUCUAUCAAGCAAAAGCAAUCAAAUAAAUAGUCAGAAAAUUUAUAAAAUAUCAAUUGCGGUGGCGGAUUUGAUAGUUGGAGUCCUCGUGAUACCUUCGAUGAUAGAAACAAUGAGGCGAACAUUUUUAUUACCACGAAAAGUUGACGGAGUACAUAAGCUGCACACGAAAAUAACGAGCGAAGCUUAUUCUGAUACUUCCAUAGGCUUGUCUGGGUUCUUUACUUCGUUGUCGAUCUCCGUAUCAAUAUAUUCGUUAAUGAUGGCAAGCAUUGAUAGACUACUUGUAGUAUAUCGACCACUUUCUUAUGAUAAAUUUCGAGCCAUUCUUACAGCAAAAAUAGCAGUAGCGGCUGUUUGGAUUUGUGCAUUAUUUUACUCGAUUCUUCCAUUUAUCGUAAAAGAUUUAUAUCUUUUGCCUCUGGCAUCGAUGAUCGUAGUAAUGCAUAGCGAAAUUAGCCUAAUUUUGUAUGCGGUUCUUUUGGGCGUCCCACUCGUAAUACUUUGGAGUACAAAUAUUGCAAUGAUUAUUUUGUUCAAAAAGAAUAAACGAAAAACUCAAUUGAACGAAGACGAAAGUCAUCUCAUAAAAACUUUAGCUAUUAUGGUAGGAGUAUUCACUAUUUGUGUUGUUCCUGCAACCGUUGUUAUAUUUUGUCAUCUCACAAUGGAAGACGUAUGGCCUGGAGACCCGGUUACAUUUGACGAAAAAAAAUUUAUAAAUAUAAAAUCAUUUGUAUCUGUAGGGACGAUUGUCUUAUUAUCGAACAGCCUGUGGAACUUUUUUAUUUACAAUGGAAGAAGCAAGGAGUUUCAAUCAAAUCUUAAGUCACUGUGUAAACGACUGAUGCGCGUGUUGAUGUUUCGUAAAAUGUUGCGGCCGAAGUUGGACAUUUCUUCAAAAUCUCAGGAAAUUCCACUCACGUCUAACCCAAACAGCCCAUCCUCGGAAUUACCUCCCACCUUCAUCACAUCUAAAAAUUCACAAAUUACAUAAAAUUCUCUGCUGGUCGACACCUUAUAAGUUUCUUCCUAUAAAUGACCAAGCAACCAUAGUAGUAAUAUUUUGUAAAAUUGCACGAAGCAAAAUGUUUAGCCCUUACGUAUUAAAAUAUAACUAUUGCCAUCGACCAAUAACGCGGUAGGAACUGAGUAUGUGGAUUGAUUGCUGUAACAUCAUUUUUUGCAUGGUUGUUAAUUUUUUUAUUUAUAGAAAACAUCUUUAAACUUAUUUUUAUUAUGUUUGUUUAUUUUAUUGAGCAUAUUCUACCAAUUGACGUACUAUUUUGAAAUAUUAAGUCCUUCAACUGCCUAAAAUAUAAAGCCAUUUUGUUUCAUUGUAAAAAUAAAGUCCCAUUUAACGUUUUUAUCACAAAGUUCCGUUCUGAAAUGUGUCCUUCGGUCCUUAAAUCUAUUUUAUACCAUGUCUCUCAGAACAAAAUCCCUGGUUGAAAUACUAUUGAAAACAAUGUUUCAACAGGCUGCAGGUGUAGCAGUAACCUUAAUUGGGAAAACAUUAGUUUUAACGUGAGGAGGUUGACUUUCGAUUUGUUCUGAAUUCAGAGAGAUUCACCUUUGGAUCCCCAAAUAUAAGAUAACUGAAUCGAUAACCAGAAAUUAACAAGGUUCAACGUUGCACUUUAUUAUAUUUUUAAAUUAUUGUAUAACCGAAAUAUUGAAACGUUUUAGUUGUAUGAUUUCAUAACCCAUUUAUGUCCACUGAUCCUCAUAAAGGACAACGGCAUUUUUAUUCUAUUCUAUAUUUUUAAUAGUAUAUAUAGCAUUGUGAUCGUUUUAUUUUUGCAAAUUAGA